AUGGUAGUUGAAAAGAACGAAAGUCAUACAAUUAACAAUAAAACAUCAACAACUAAUAUUAAUAAUAUGAACUUCAGUUAUUUAUAUGAUGAUAUGAAAAAUGUAGAAAAUGAAAGACUGGCAAAUAAUGAAUGGCAUAAUGAUAAGAAUAGAAUAGAUAAUGGUGGUAAAAUAAAAAAGAAUAUUUAUCAGGGCAAUGUAAAUUAUUAUAAUAAAAUUAGUAAAAAGGUAAUAAGUCCUAAGAAAAAAAAAAAGUCAUUUAUUGAAAAUGAUAAAAAUAUAAGUUAUUCAUUACGUGAUAUGAAUAAUAAAAAAAAAAAUAAUAAAAAAAUCAAACAAAAUAACAAUUUACAAAGUAUUAAAAAUAAUUAUUAUUAUGAUAAUAAUGGAAAAAUUAAUCAAGAUAAAAAUAAAGAUACAUGUACAAAUAAUAUUAUAUGUGUUGUAAAUCCUUGUGAAAAAAAUAGAUUUCCUCAUUAUUAUACUCAUAAUAAUAAUAUAACAAGUAAUUUUAACAAAUAUUCACGUACAUUUAAUUUUUACAAUAAAAAUGAAAAGAGGAAAUACUAUGAAAAUAAUACUCACAAUGAUACUUUCAGAUUAACAAAAGAAUUAUUGGACGAUCUCAAUAAAAGGAAUGAAGCUGCUGAAGAUGAUGAUAACGAUAAUCAAAAUUUUUUAACGUAUGUUAAAAAGAAAAUUGAAGAAAAGAAGGAACAGAAAAAAAAGAAAGAUAAAUUACAACACGAAAUGCAUGAAAGGGCUAAUAAUAAUAAUAAUGAUAUAAAUGAUCAUAAGAAUGAUGAGAUAAAUGAACAAAAUCAUCCAAUAGGUGAUAGUAACAAUGAUAUUAAUUGUAAUAAUAAUGAAAAUAAUGAAAAUAAUAAUAAUAAUAUUGAUAGUAAUAAUAAUAAUAAUGAUAUAAAUAACGAUAUAAAUAAUGACGAUGCCGAAUAUGAUAACAAUAAUGUAAAUAGUAAAAAUAACAACACCAAAAUAAGUAACAGUGCAAAUUAUGAUUGUUCCAAUAAUUUAGAAACAUAUAAAACCAUUAAUGAUAACAAUUCAUUAUUUAGUGAUGAAUCAACCAAAGUUUUUGUAAAUAAAAAAACCAGAAUAAAAAUUAAUAUGUGUGAAAACCCCUGCGACAUAUGGUAUGGAUUAAAAAAAAGAAACGGAAAAAAUAUUUUUAUCAACAGUGCAAGGAAUAAUAAUGGUAAGAAUAAAAAGAUGAAGAAAAAUAAAAAAAAUAAGAAACAAAAUAUGGUGAAGAUGAUGAAAACAAAUAAAAAAUCAAAAAAUAUUGAAAAAUAUUAUAUUAACAAAAAAUCUGGAAAAUAUGUUAAAUGGAGUUCUAACUAUUACACCAAAUUAAAUAGUACUGAUGGAAAUAUAUCUGAUAAUACUAUUGCUACUAUGCAUAUUGAUGGUAAUUAUAAAUAUAAUAAUGGUGAUAUGGCAAAUAGAAAUAUAACAAAACAUAUUAAUACAUAUAAUAAUAACAACAACACCAACAAUAAUAAUAAUAAUAAUAGUAAUAAUUAUAAUAAUUUUAAAUCAUUCCAUAAUAAAAAUAUACCAGUUAAUAUACAAUUUGAUAAAAUCAAUAAAAAUUAUUUAAAUCAUGAUUAUCAAAUAAAUAAAAAAGCAUUAAAAAAUAAAAAAAAAAUGAACUGGUCAGGUAAAAAUAACAUUUAUGUAAAUAAAUAUAAUGUACGUUUUGCUCCAAUAAAAAAUUGUAAAAAUAAUUAUUUUGAUAACAGAACUAUGAAUAUUAGUAACAAUUAUUAUGAAAACAAAAAUGGUAUUAGCGAUGAGAAUAUUAAUGGUACUAUUAUAUGUAAUAUGUGUGGGAAGUCUCGUGAAAAUGUUAACAUAGACACUUACACUGAUAAUAAUAAUAAUAAUAAUAAUAUUAAUAAUCAUCUUAUUGAUUUGUUGUGUACUGAUUUGGAAAACGCCCAUAAUAUUAUGACACACCAUCCUAUAUUCAACGAUUCUGAUGUUCUGAUUAACAAAAAUAAAUGUAAUUGUUAUGAUAAUAAUGUAUCAGAGAAUUUAAAUAAAACGGGUGAUAAUUUUUGUGUUCAGGAGAAUAUGAACAAUACCAAAAAAAAUUCUUGCACAAGUAGCCAAUUUGAAAACAUGCACGAAAUUAUUAUGAAUAAUACAGGUGAAAAUUUAUUAAAUGGUUCAACGAAUAAUAUAACGACCAAUUCAGAAUAUAUCAACAACAAUAAUGAUAAUAAUAAUAAUAAUAAUAAUAAUAAUAGUGAUGUGUGUCAUAAUAUUGUAAAUGAAGAUAAUAACGAAACAUUUACAAAUAGUUAUGGUAAUCAUUUAACAUAUAGCAAAAAUGAAAUUUAUGAGAAUAAUAAAAAAAAUAACUUAGAUAAAAAUUUUUGUAGCCAUGCAAAUAGUAACAUGAAUUAUCAAGGUAAUAAAAUUGGUUUAAAAAAAGGUGGCUCCAAUAAAAUGUAUAAAUUGAAUAAUAACAUGAAUAAUGUAAAUAAUUGUGUUGUGAAUAAUAACAAAGAUAAUGAAGGAAAAUAUUUUUCUGCUCGUUAUGAUGGAUAUGCAUACUUCACAAGAAGUAAAACAAAGGAAUAUGCAUAUAACAAUUUCCAUCAUACAAAUUUUAAAUAUAAUAAUAAGAACAAUUAUUUUGAAAAAAAUAUUUCAAGAAAUAAUAAGAUAAUCGCAUCUCAUAAUUAUAACUCUACAAAAAACUUAAAGUCGAAAGUUGACGAAUGCAAUAAUGUUAAUGUUACUAGUAUAUGUGAUGAAAAAAAUGAGAAUGAUAAGGAAUAUAAAAUGAGAGGAUAUACCCCAAUGGAAAAUAAAAAUAAUGAUAUUAAUGAUAAUAAUAAAAAUAAUGAUAAUAAUAAUGAUGAUGAUAAUAAUAAUAAUAAUCAAGGAUAUAUUAUUACUGAUUAUUCAAAAGGUUAUAUAUCCCAUGAUCCAACAAAUAGCUAUAAUAACCAAAACGUAAAUAAUAAUAUGAAGGAUGAUAAAAUUAAUAAUAUAGAGGAAAAAGAUAAAGCUCAUUUUGAUGAUUAUAAUUAUAUGAACGAUCAAAAUAAAAAAUAUAAAAAUCAUUAUUAUGAUAACGUCAAAUUUGAUUUGUCUUAUGAAAUAGAGGAAGAUAAAAAACAAAGGAAAAAAAAAAAUUGGAAAACACCAUUUGGAAAUAAAUCUAUUUAUAAAAAUGCAAGAGAGAGAGUUCAAUCAAUAUUAGCUAAUAGGAGAGGAUUAGAAAAAUGA